GGGGAGAGAGAUGUUCAGCAGAGCAGCCUGAAGCAUCCCUAUUCACCUACUGUAGUCCCUUCUUCCCCAGUAAAGAAUUCACCUAUUGAUAUCCCUGUAGACCCCUCCUGUCCUCCAUCUGCCUCUCGUCAUCUCUUGGUCAUCUUGCAGACAGGACUAAGUGUACCGAAACCCAGGCUGCAGAAAGGGAUUCGUUUUUGCUCUUCUCUCUGGUCUUGUCUCCUGGUCCUUCCCCGAGCAUCAUGUCUGCAGGGGGAGAUUUUGGAAACCCACUGAGGAAAUUCAAGCUGGUUUUCCUUGGAGAACAAAGUGUUGGGAAAACAUCUCUCAUCACAAGGUUUAUGUACGACAGUUUUGACAACACAUAUCAGGCUACAAUUGGAAUAGACUUUCUGUCAAAGACGAUGUAUCUAGAGGAUCGGACGGUCAGACUGCAGCUCUGGGACACCGCAGGCCAGGAGAGGUUCCGCAGCCUCAUACCAAGUUAUAUACGGGACUCCACUGUGGCUGUAGUAGUCUAUGACAUCACAAAUAUGAAUUCCUUCCUUCAAACCUCAAAAUGGAUCGAUGAUGUCAGAACAGAAAGAGGAAGUGAUGUUAUAAUAAUGCUUGUUGGAAAUAAGACAGACCUUGCAGACAAAAGGCGAAUCACUAUCGAAGCGGGAGAACAACGGGCCAAGGAGCUGAACGUCAUGUUUAUUGAAACCAGUGCCAAAACCGGAUACAAUGUUAAACAGCUUUUCCGUCGUGUGGCAUCUGCUCUGCCAGGGAUGGAGUGUCCUGAAGAGAAAAGCAAGGAUGGCAUGAUUGAUAUAAAACUCGACAAACCCCAGGAACCGCAAGUGACUGAUGCUGGGUGUUCUUGCUAACUUGCAGCGGUGGACAGGUCCGCUGCCCAGGCCAUGCACUUAGCCUACGAUGCUUCCUAUUGGUUAGCCUGAAAAAACAAA